ACUAACAAAUUCCAAAUAGAAGAAAUUGUAUAAGGUGGAAAAAAAAGAGAGUCCAUAUAUACCAAACGCUGCAGAAACAGGGCAGAUGCAAUUCUACGCAACAUCAGUCACACUAUUUUCCAAAACAGUAUUAGACCAUAGGUAUGCUAGUAUCAAAGCUAACAUAACUCAGUUCAAGAACAGUUUUUACCCAUCUGCAAUCCAUUUUCUCAAAAAUGUAUAUCAUAAUUAGAAUAAACUGUAUACAUUAACGUACAUUAAACAUUCCACAACCUGCUACCUGGUAAUGUAAGUGUUCUGUUCUUCAGUUCUGCUCUUCCACUUGUUUUGUCAUAUUUUAAAUGAGUGACCUGUAUUGUGAUUCAUACCUGACUGGACAGAUUGAGUAACACUUCAUGUCCAUCCAUCCAUCAGUCCAUCAGUCGAUCUAUACAAAAGGCAAAUAAGGAAUCUCUUCUACAUCUCCCUCUAAUUCCAUUGCCUUUCCUGAAUUAAUCCUUUUAAUAGUUAUCAACAAGCAGGCUAACUGCAGGUGAACUGCUCCUUGUACUUCGCACAUGCAUGCUAGCAGCCACGUUACAUUACACAUAAUUAGAAAUAAAACGCCAAGGCUGCUGCUGGGUUGGGGUUUGUCGAUAAACUUAUAACUAAUAACUACAAGAGCACAUUUCAUUCUGUGCGACAUAAGAAUACAUACUCCGAGCAUCUGAAAAUAUCAACUUCUAAAAGUACACCGUUUAGUGUCAAAGCGCCAAAAGAGGAGCUAAUCAUCUGAAAGAAACAAAAAAGACAAGGAAUAAUAAAUAAUACACUUUGCACAAGUCUUUGCGGUAUGUUUUUAAAAAGAGAAAUCGAUCGUUGUUGAGUAAUUCUGAUACGUCGAUGUGAGAACGGAAAAGAGUCUCGUCUUAUUUUAAAAGAAAGUUGUUUACACGCGAUUAAUACAUCUUUAGAAGACGAAGCUAACAGUCUCAGGGGUUCGGAUAAUUUCAUUUAAGAAGACAUUAGCUUUAUUACUUGAUGCAUCCACCAGAUGAUGCUGUUUGACUGUAGUUAAAUAUAAGAAAGGGUUUCACUUUUGCAAUCACCCCUACGCUUUCAGAAAUAUCAAUCUGUGGCGGACUUUCUUCCUUUUCAAUGAUGGUGUCAGUCGAGUCGCACGAAUGUUCCGUAACAGAAUAGGCGGAGUUAGUACACGGAGAAAAGAAAUGGACACCAUAUACAGUAAAUGUCUGCAGAUCAUGCGAAAACCACUUGAUGUCGCUUCUUGACUUAAAAAAAGGGUGGGCAAGUUAGCGGUGUGAAUUAAAUAUCCCUGCUUUAUCUGCAUGUUCGUACACAGGGCCUUAGAUGACGCAGUUCGCAGCUUUUGGUGCUCCUGACAAGUAAACCCUGUGUCUGCUUCUGAUGAGUGUCGACUCGUGCUCCACUUUCUACAAAAACAGCAUGCCACUUCAGAAAUGAAACAACUGACUCAAAGUUUUUGAAUGAGAAGAGAAAUAAUUAAAAUGGGAGUCAGUCACUCCAGCAAGCCACCUGUUUUUGACCAAAAUGAAGAGGUUAAUUUUGAUCAUUUUCAAAUUUUGCGAGCAAUUGGGAAAGGAAGUUUUGGCAAGGUUUGCAUAGUGCAGAAAAAAGACACAAAGAAAAUGUAUGCCAUGAAAUACAUGAACAAGCAGAAGUGCAUAGAACGCAAUGAAGUGAGGAAUGUCCUGAAGGAGCUGCAAAUCAUGCAAAGCCUGGAACACCCUUAUCUGGUCAACCUAUGGUUUGCCUUUCAGGAUGUCGAAGACAUGUUUAUGGUUGUUGACCUGCUGCUUGGAGGAGAUUUACGAUAUCACCUGCAACAAAAUGUUCACUUCACAGAAACGACUGUGAAACUGUAUAUUUCUGAGAUUGCCCUGGCUCUUGGCUACCUGCGAAGCAAGCACAUCAUUCACAGGGAUAUUAAACCAGACAAUAUACUGCUUGAUGAGGAUGGUCACGUGCACAUCACUGAUUUCAACAUUGCUGCAACGAUCAAAGAAGACACACAAAUGACUUCGGUGGCUGGCACCAAGCCCUACAUGGCUCCAGAAAUGUUUCAGCCAUGUCUUGAAGGCCAUCCUGGUUAUUCCUAUGCUGUGGACUGGUGGUCAUUGGGAAUCACUGCAUAUGAGCUGCUUAAAGGACAGAGACCUUACCAUAUCCGUUCAGGCAUGGCUGUCAAUGAUAUCAUCCAGCUCUUUCACACUGUUAAUGUAAAUUAUCCAUCAACAUGGUCUGCUGGAAUGGAGUCCCUCUUAAGAAAGUUGCUGAUGCUUGAGCCACAACAUCGUCUUUCACACCUUUCAGACCUCCAAGAGUUUAACUACCUCUCUGACAUCAACUGGGAUGCAGUGAUGCUGAAGAAGGUGAUUCCAGGAUUUAUGCCUAAUAAAGGGCGACUAAACUGUGACCCCACCUUUGAACUCGAGGAGAUGAUUCUGGAAUCCAAGCCUCUUCACAAGAAGAAAAAAAGACUGGCGAAGAAAUUAAGAGAAAACCGACGAGACAGCUCACCUCAGAGUGGACAGAUGCAGCGCCGCCUAGAAUCCGUCCAAAAUGAAUUCAGAAUCUUCAACCGAGAGAAAUUAAGAACAUGUCAAGAUCAAAAGGAAGAAAAUGACAAUAUCAUAGACGAGAAAGAGAAAAUUGAAGAAACCGAAGAUGGGAAAAACAACAAUAUAGUUCCUCCCACGUAUGUCUAGGGAAAAUUCUUGAAUCUAUGGUGUAUAAAAUUACCAAUUCACAACACACACAGCCAAGCCCACCUAUAUGUUUAAGUGUUCACCCGGUGAGCCUGUUGCAGUACAGUGGCCGCCUCGUCCAAGGGGUCACAGUGAUGCUCAGCUUCAGAACGUCUUUAGUUUAGUCCGGUUAGGUUGAGUGUGUGUUUGGUCUACGUGGGGUGGCUAACAAGUCUGUUAAUGUAUAAGAAGUGAAAAUGAUUAGGCACAAAUGGACCUUUCUUGCCUUGUAUAACAUUUGGCUCAGCUCUCUACUUGUUUGUUGGUAUGGAGUUUGCGUCCCACUAGUGCCAUACAGGCUGCCUACCCCUUGUUUAGUUUGUCCUCCUACUGACCGGUAGGCUAGCGCUGGUAACAAACCCUCACCAUCUUGUAGGGCAAAGGAUUACUUGAGCAGUGGGAAUCUACACAUUUAUUUUUGAAGAAUGGAACCUAAUUAGUAGUAUUCCAUCUACAAAUCUACACUGUUGUAUUGAUAAGAUUUAUAGCGCAUUAUUUCUAAAUAUGGUAACUUGUAGUGGGUGCCGGAGGAUUGUGGGAUGCAGCUGUAAAUUAAAAAAAUCCUAACAACUACACAAUUUAGAGAGAAGCUGAGAAGUGUCUGGUUCAGAUCCGGGUGGGUGUGCAGGAUGUCAUUCCACCUCCACCUUUGAUGCUUUAACAUCUUCUCAUGGCUCAGACAGACUUUGUGUUUUAUAGCCACUCUAUGGAGCGUUUUGCGGUUUUAAGAAAUCUGCCAAAGAUGCAUCUUGGUUUUUGUUUAAGCCUUAACAGUAAGUUUGCAUUAUCUUCUCCCUUUGGACGAUGCUUUGUCAUGAAUAGUGCAUUUGUCUGGGAGAGUUGAGUUACUAUGGAUAUUCCCAGUGCCUGAAUCAGCCGUCCACCCAGGAGUCUGGUCUGGCACUACCAUGGGACACUGCAGACAUGACAGACACCCUUGUCUCAUAGACUUUUCAUAGACUGCUAUUAUAUUUUUCAAGGUUUGUAAAUAGUCACUUCACAACUGUAUGUAUUCUAUUUAGUAAUCUGUUACAUAGCGGUGUAAAUAUCUCUUUAGAGUAUUUCAGUACAGCUGUAUUUAUAGGUUUAUAUAUGAUAAUAUGAAAUAAAAUCACUUGCCUUCACAUGCAUUCUAUACCUUACAGUGCCUUUAUUUAUUGAAAAUUCAAUUUAGCUAAAUGAGGGCCAGAAUUGUUGCCUGCUUUUGAUUAACUUAAAGUCCCCAGCGAAGCUUCAGGCAGUGUCUAAUUUGAUUUACCCAGGAAUGCAGUG